GUUUAAUUAUAGAGCGGGAACUCAUUCCGCGCGCGCGGCAAACACCGGUUCCCGCCCUGAGAGUGCGCGCGCUCCGGCUGCUCUGGCUUCAUUCGUUCUCCUCAGAUCAUCUCUUCUUGUUUUCUUACAGCAGAGAGGAUGCGGGUUCGAGUGCUGCUGAUCCUGAUCCUCACAUCAGUAUUAAUCACACAUGCUCAAGUGGACGUGUUCACAUGUAGAACUCCAGCCAUUGCAGAUAUCGUGAUACUGGUGGAUGGGUCAUGGAGCAUCGGAAGAAUAAAUUUCCGUUUGGUGCGGAUGUUUCUGGAAAGUCUCAUCAGGGCCUUUGCGGUUGGAUCUGAACACACACGUGUUGGUUUGGCACAGUACAGCGGGGAUCCGCGGAUUGAGUGGCAUCUGAAAACACACAGCACUAAAGAAGCCGUGAUCAAUGCUGUGAAGAAUCUGCCUUAUAAAGGAGGAAACACACUCACAGGUCUGGCUCUGACGUAUAUUCUGAAGAACAGCUUCAAAGCUGAAUCUGGAUCCAGACCUGGCGUUCCUAAGAUUGGGAUUCUGAUCACAGAUGGGAAAUCACAGGACGAUGUUCUUUUUCCUGCUCAGAAACUCAGAGAUGCUGGGAUCGAACUGUUUGCUAUUGGAGUGAAGAAUGCGGAUGAGAACGAGCUGAGAGCCAUCGCCUCUCCACCAGAGGAGACACACGUGUAUAUCACGGCUGAUUUCAGCUUGUUGAGCUCCAUCGUGGAGGCACUGACUAGGAGCGUCUGCAAGCGCGUCUCUGAACUCAGCAGAGAGAUCAGCGGUGAGACAGAUUCGUAUUCCACGGGGCCACCGGAUGCUCCCAGUAACCUUGUGACCUCUGAGGUCACAGCUAGGAGCUUCCGUGUGUCAUGGACUCGCGCUUCAGGCCUGGUGGAGAAGUACAGAGUGGUAUAUUACACAUCCAGUAAAUCCAGACCUGAGGAGGUGGUGGUGAACGGCGAUGAGAACUCUGUGGUGUUGAGGUAUCUGAACUCUCUGACGGAGUAUCAGAUCACUGUUUUCGCCAUCUACAGCAACACAGCCAGUGAAGCUCUGAGAGGCAGUGAGACCACCUUGUCACUGGUGACGGUCAGUGAUCUGGAGCUGUAUGACAUCACUCACAGCAGCAUGAGUGUGCGCUGGCGGGAGGCAGAGGGGGCUUCUGGGUAUAUGAUCCAGUACGCUCCUCUGACGGAGGGCGAACCCGCAGACGAGAAGGAGGUUAAAGUGUCUGACUCCGUGACUCAGGUUGAACUGGACAGUUUAACACCUGUGACCAAAUACACGGUGACCGUUUAUGCCCUGUACGGAGAGGAGGCCAGUGACCCCAUGACCGCGCAGGAGACCACACUCCGUCUGACUCCGGCUCGUAAUCUGCGCAUCUCAGACAUCAGUCAUAGCUCCGCUAAACUCUCGUGGGACGCGGCAUCUCGUAAGGUCAAAGGUUUCUGCAUCGUUUAUGUGAAGACAGAUGCUGUGGAGACCAAUAAGGUGGAAGUGGGUCCGGUCACCAAGCUGUUCCUGCGUAACCUGACCUCUCUGACGGAGUACACUGUUGCAAUCUUUGCCCUGUAUGACGAGGGACAAGCAAAACCGCUGACGGACAGCUUCAACACCAGUGAAGUUCCUCUGCCUCUGAAUCUCAACAGCACUGACGUGUCCACUGAUAGAUUCAGAGUGAUGUGGCGAGACGCCGCAUCUGACGUCUCUUUCCACAGACUCACCUGGAGACCCGCGGCAGGAGGAGAGACCAAAGAGGUUCUUAUAUAUGAUGACGCUAACUGGUUUGUCAUCACGGGUCUGAAGCCUAUGACUGAAUAUGAAGUUUCUCUGUCUGCGAUCUACAGAGACGAGUCUGAGAGUGAUCCGGUGGAGAUCAGCGUGACCACAGUUGCCAGAACAACAACAGUUAUGACAACGACCAUCAGAACGACUACAGCCGAGCAGCGUCUGGCCAUCAGGAAUCUGCAGCUGAGUGACGUGACGACCUUCAGCAUGCGUGUAUCGUGGGAACCGCUGGGUCCAAACGUGCGUCAGUACCGAGUGUCGUACAUAAGUACGCGAGAAGACCGCGCCGAACAGACGGCGAUGGUUCCUGCGGCUCAGACCUCACUGCUGUUACAGCCUCUUCUGUCAGACACAGAGUAUAGCGUCAGUGUCUCUGUCAUCUACAGCGAUGGCGACAGGCCGCCCAUCACACGCACUGCACGCACACUGCCUCUCUCUGCUCCCAGUAACCUGCGUGUGUCUGAGGAGUGGUACAACAGCUUCCGCAUCAGCUGGGACACACCGCCCUCGCCCACCAUGGGCUACAGGAUCGUGUACCAGCCCAGCUCAGCGGCCGGCCGUGUGCUGGAGACCUUCGUGGGUGAUGAUGUGAACACCACGCUGAUCGUCAAUCUGCUGAGCGGGACGGAGUACAGCGUCAAAGUCAUCGCCACCUACACCACAGGAUCCAGCGAGGCCCUGAGUGGACGAGCCCAAACACUGUAUCUGGGAGUGAGUAACCUCAGCACGUUCCAGGUGCAGACCAGCAGUAUGUGUGUGAAGUGGCAGCCACAUCAACACGCAAAUCUGUACCGCCUCAUCCUGCAGUCGCCGCCCAAUGGUGAGAAACAGGAAGUGAUGUUGAGUGGCUCCACGUCCAGACACUGCUUAAAUGACCUGACCCCAAACACAAAGUACACCAUCAGCAUUUACGCUAAGCUUCAGGACACAGAGGGACCCGCCGUCACCACCACACAGAGAACAUUUCCUGUGGCCAUGGCUACGCCCACCACACCCAGCACCACCGCCCCCCCGCCCACCCUGCCCGCCACUAGAGAAGUAUGUCGAGCUGCUAAAGCAGAUCUGGUGUUUCUGGUGGACGGAUCGUGGAGCAUCGGAGAUGAGAACUUCCAGAAGGUCAUCCGCUUCCUAUACAGCACUGCCGGAGCGCUGGACCGGAUCGGUCUGGAUGGGACUCAAGUGGCUAUCGCUCAGUACAGUGAUGACGCUCGCACCGAGUUCAAGCUCAGCUCAUACAAUAAUAAAGAAAACCUGCUGGACGCCAUUCAGAGGAUCUCAUAUAAAGGAGGAAACACAAAGACAGGCCGGGCGAUGCAUCACGUGAAGGACUCUGUGUUCUCGGUGGUGGGCGGAGCCAGAAGGGGCGUGCCUAAAGUCUUGGUGGUGCUGACGGAUGGCCGUUCCCAAGACGACGUGCUCCAGGUUUCCCAGGAGAUCCAGACGGAAGGUUACAUUGUGUUUGCCAUCGGUUUUGCCGACGCGGAUUACAGUGAGUUGGUGAGCAUCGCCAGCAAACCCAGUGAGAGACAUGUGUUCUUCGUGGAUGACCUGGACGAUUUCAGAAAGAUCGAAGAGAAACUCAUCACCUUUGUCUGUGAAGCUGCAUCAGCAACGUGUCCAUCAGUACCCAUGAGUGGCAGCACUUUACCAGGGUUCAGGAUGAUGGAGAUGUUUGGGCUGGUGGAGCAUCUGUACAGCAGUGUGAGCGGUGUGUCCAUGGAGCCGGGGACCUUCAACAGCUACAGCAGCUUCAGACUCGGCAGUGACGCGCUCAUCACGCAGCCCACCAGGUUCAUCCAUCCGGAGGGGCUGCCCUCAGACUACACCAUCACCCUGCUCUUCCGCCUGCUCCCCGAAACACCACAGGAGCCAUUUGCAUUGUGGGAAGUCCUGAACAGCAACAACGAGCCACUGGUGGGAGUCAUUCUGGACCACGGAGGAAAGACGCUAACUUACUUCAACACUGACUAUAACGGAGAUUUCCAGACUGUGACGUUUGAGGGGCCAGACAUCCAGAAGCUCUUCUAUGGCAGUUUUCAUAAGCUGCACAUCGCCGUCAGUAAGACGUCGGCUCUGGUGAUGGUGGACUGUAAACCGGCGGGAGAGAAGACCGUUGUCACUGCCAAAAACAUCAGCACUGACGGCGUGGAGGUUCUGGGACGCAUGUUGCGAUCUAGAGGAUCCAAAGACAACUCUGCACCGUUUCAGCUGCAGUCCUUUGAUAUCGUGUGCAGCACGUCAUGGGCUCGACGGGACAAAUGCUGCGAGCUACCCAGCCUGAGGAAGGAAGCUGAGUGUCCGUCUCUCCCUCGAGCAUGCACCUGCACUCAGGACAGCAAGGGCCCCCCCGGCCCCACCGGCCCCCCGGGAGGCCCGGGUGUCAGAGGAGCCCGAGGAGAUCGAGGUGAACCCGGCCCUGUGGGUCCUGUUGGUCCAGUGGGGGACGCUGGUAUUCCAGGUGCUCAGGGGCCUCUUGGUCCCCCGGGGCCCAGUGGACGCUCCAUCAGAGGCCCUCCAGGGUCUCCGGGAGAGACGGGUCAGAAGGGCGAUGCCGGUCCUCCAGGGCUGCAGGGUGUUCCUGGCUCUCCUGGGCCUGCGGGACGCGACGGGCCUCCAGGACCGCGGGGGCCGCCGGGUCAGGACGGGCCUCAGGGACAAGUGGGACCACAGGGAUCUAUAGGGGGUCCAGGAGCGUCGGGGGCCCCAGGGGGAAAUGGCCCUCCAGGACCAACAGGAGACCAGGGUCCUCCGGGACCCCCGGGACCCAAGGGAGAGAAGGGCGAGCGGGGUGAAGUCCAGUCCACGACUUCUGUCCAAGCCAUAGCCAGACAAGUGUGUGAGCAGCUGAUCCAGAGUCACAUGGCACGGUACAAUUCCAUUCUAAAUCACAUUCCCAGUCAGCCGGAGUCGAUCCGCACUGUACCCGGGCCGCCGGGAGAACCGGGCCGACAGGGGUCUACAGGACCUCAGGGAGAGCAGGGGCCGCCGGGACGGCCGGGAUUCCCAGGCAGAAACGGGGAGAAUGGCCAGCCAGGAGCCAGAGGACCUCUGGGUGAGAAGGGAGAGAAGGGCAGUCCAGGUGUGGGAGUCCAGGGACCCAGAGGACCUGCUGGACCGCCAGGAGCUCCUGGUGAAGGACGAACAGGAAGUCCAGGCUCAUCUGGUCGCCCAGGUAACCCCGGCAGUCCCGGCAGACCCGGGAAUCCAGGACAGGAUGGUCCAUCCGGCCCACCCGGAUACUGUGACCAGAACGCCUGCCUCGGCUACAACGGGGGAG